AUGUGUUUCGUAUUGACAACACACAUGACGAACUGCGAGACCCGUCACAUAUCAACUUUGGAGGUUGAGCACCCAGAGCUUUGCUUUGACAUAUACAACCCGUUUACGUAUCCGGAUGAGUGCGAACACUUUGUCGAGAAUUAUGAGCAGAACCUGGCCCUGUGUCCUAGGCACGGCACCUGCUGCCAGGUGACGUUCCGGCGAGUGUGUGUUUUCUGGGUUGGCCACGCAGGCGGGAUCAUCAAGUGUCGAAAGUUCAAACGGUACUUCCACAUCACCGUUCCCAGGGGCGGCUGCAACCCCGAGGUUGCCCGCCACUUCGUGGCGCCUUUCCCCGCGCGCGUUGAGUUGACUGCGGAGGAGGAGGAGCGUCUGUUCGAGGCGCACAGAGACUACAUCGACAGUGGAGAGGGGGUGAGGACGGCUCUGGAGGGCUGCGGGAGCCGGUGGAUCACGGACGUGAACCCGCCGUACGACUGGAGGCCGACCCUCAACGUAGGCGAGAACGUGGAGAUGCUUGGUGGCUUUGACGCAGCGCGGGAGAGGUGGGAGAGCACCUGCCCCAUGCUGAAGAUAGUAGAGGAUCCGCCGCGGCAUGAACUUCAGAAAGAAAUACAGAGCCAGCAUCCAUAUUGGUACAAGGCCGUUAAAGUACCUCGGACGGGCAAUGAGGGCAUCCCGUUGCCUGGAGCAGAGGGAUUCAUCGACGAUCAACCCACCCCUGUGGAAUCGUCAGUAUUGGAUACCGAAGAGGGGGAUCAGGACGUCCCGCUGCCUCCAUCGUCAGACGGGCCGAACCAAAUAUGGAGUUCGGCUUCAGGGGAAGAGAAUGACUCCGGACUUGGCCAGGAUGACGAGCAGGGACCACUGGCAGCUCCUCAAGCUCUGGGCGGACAUGCUCUGCCGGCCGAGCCCGGGAACGGGCCUGUAGAACCGCCAGCGAACCCAAACCUGUCUUCUGAGCAGCUGAGUGCCUUGAGAGAUAUGCUCGUCCAGCCGCCCCCGGGUGAUGUCCCGGGUGUGAGAUUACGGAGCGGGAUGGUUGGUAUUCCGGUCACGGGGAUGGUGUGGCUCCCAGCCCAGGGAUUGCUGCACCCGCCGGUACAGGCCCCGUUCCAUCUUGACAAUGUUGACGAUCGCGGAUACAACAGAGCGCCGGAUGGGUUGCUACUACUGCCGGCGGACAUAUUAGGGCGUCUGCUGAACAAUAUACGAAGAAACAUCCGACCAGAGAACGUUCCAAUCCAGUCCGUGGAAGGUGAAAACGGAUUUGCGCCGCCAAUCGUCUCACCCUUGACAGACGCUGAGGCUCCUGGAGGUGGUGGUGAGGGAUCUCGGCCCCCUGAGUCGGGAGAGAGCCAGCGUGAUGAGGAGGAAAGCGCUACGAAUUCAAACACCACCCGAGGGUCAGGCGGGCUCCAGGAAAAUGAUGCACCGCUGCCCCCGACGCAGUCACCAAGUGGUGGCGAGGAGGAAAGCAGGACAAAUUCAAACACCACCCGAGGGUCAGGCGUGAGUCCGGAAAGUGAUGCACCACUGCCCCCGACGCAGUCACCAAGUGGUGGAUCGGGACAGGGUUCCAGCCAACAAGCUACCUCGAGCCUGCUCCAGAGCUCGCUGCUACCAGAGUCAGGAAACGAUGCAGACGGGAGUCAGCAAUCUGGCUCCCUUCUAUCCGCAGUCCCUCCAAGUCCUCAGGAGGAAGGGAAUUCGGAAGAGGCGACCACCGAACUCUUGUCGGACAGGUCGAACGGCGCGCUGGAAGAGGUGGAAAAUGCUCUGGAGCCGGCCGAGAGCGACGUGCCGCGCAACACUCGGAAAAGAGCAGCAGAGGAGGAGGAGGAGGUGGAAGAAGAGGAAGAGGAGGUGGAGGAGGAACCGGCCCCUCCACCACCGACGAGAAGACAGCCGGCAAAGAGACGGCGCGUUGAGCAACCCGUCGAACAGCCCAUCGAGCAACCUGCCGACGAACCUCGGUAUAGGUUGCGACAAAGGCGGAAGGUGAACUACACCCAGUAG